AUGGUUCGCUACGGGGGUCCACGGUUUGAGUUUUUCUUUACCCACCAGUUUCUUAACAACGAAGAGGCCAUCCGUAAGGAGGACGCGCAGAGGGUUGCGUUUAUUUUGCGCAGGCGGGAGCAGCAGAAGGCGGCACAGGCGGAAUGCGAAGCCAAAAAACGACGCGAAGAAGAGGAGCAACAGCGGGCGGCGGUGGAAGCAGAAGAGGCAAGACGCGAAGCGGAGAGACGGCUUGAGUCCAAAAGGAGACGCAGGUCCGAAAAGCAGCGGCGUCUGAAGGAGCUUUCGACCCCCGUUGUGCAUGGCGGCCCUCUCUACAGCAGAGGCACGUAUGGGCGCGUGAUUUAUCCAUCCGCAAGAGGCGUGCCGCUGCCGCAUGGCCGCGCUGGUGCCGCGUACAUGCCGGGAGUUGACCGCCACCGCAUUGUGCCGCCUCCACCUGCCGCUGAUGCCCAUCCACCGUGGAUAAGCAGUGGAACUGCGUGGAUGCUCAAGAGAGCAGAAGAGAAGGAGGAGGAAAGUUAUUUCCUCGCCCCAUCCAAGCGUGACCCGGAGAAUUUAAGGGAAACAAAGCAGACCAUCGAUGCCAUCGAGCGCCACCACACAAGUCAAUUCAAUAAGGAUGGAACUGGCGCCCAGGAGGAAAGUGCUGCCGCUGACGCCCUCCAACUACCGGCUGUUGGUGUUGACGUGCCGCGCAAAUCAAAGCGCCCACCUUCAGUUUUUUCUCAUGCCUCUUCGAACGAACCCAUCAGAGCGCUCGGUACCCAGCACAUGGAAACGAUCAGCACGAAGGAAGACGUGCAGAAUCAUCUUUCGAGGUAUGGCGGCAUUUUAUCGCCGCCACGACCUGCCGCAAGACCUCCCACACCGUUUGAAAACAUGAAAGCGUCAGAACUGACGGUACGGUUGGUUCGUAUGCAGCAACGACUAGGAAGGUGA